AUGCCAACAUCAUAUGUGCCAAUAAAUCAACCAAUUGGAGAUGGUGAAGAUGUGGUUGAUACCAAUAGAUUCACUAAUAUUCCAGAAACGCAAAACUUCGACCAAUUUGUUACAAUUGAUAAAAUUGCCGAGGAAAAUAGACCACUGUCAAUAGAUUCAGAAAGGGACUUCCUUAAUUCUAAAUACCAGCGUUAUCGAGAAGUUAUAUGGGAGCGGGCGAAGACGUUUAUCACAUUAAGCUCCACUGCUCUGGUUAUUGGCUGUAUAGCUGGUUUCCUGCAGGUUUUUACAGAAACUUUAGUCAAUUGGAAAACGGGUCAUUGCCGAAGGAAUUGGUUACUCAAUAAAUCCUUCUGCUGCAGCAGUGUGGUCAAAGAGAUUAGCUCCGCUGGUAAUUUGUUACUGAAAAGACAAGAAUUUGAGUGUGAAGAACAAGGGGUUUGGAUCAACUGGAAAGGGCAUGUGUCUCCUUUCUUAAUAUUCAUGCUAUUAUCAGUAUCGUUUGCUCUGAUUAGUACAUUGUUAGUCAAGUAUGUUGCUCCUAUGGCCACUGGUUCAGGAAUCUCGGAAAUUAAGGUAUGGGUAUCGGGUUUUGAAUACAACAAAGAAUUUCUGGGUUUGUUAACUUUAGUUAUUAAAAGUGUUGCUCUUCCUUUAGCUAUAUCCUCGGGGUUGAGCGUAGGUAAAGAAGGGCCUUCCGUUCAUUAUGCAACCUGUUGUGGUUACUUACUUACUAAAUGGUUACUAAGAGAUACCUUAACGUACUCUACACAAUAUGAAUAUCUAACAGCAGCCAGUGGAGCAGGCGUUGCGGUUGCCUUUGGCGCGCCUAUCGGUGGUGUCCUUUUUGGUUUAGAAGAGAUUGCUUCUGCUAAUAAGUUUACCUCUUCUACUUUAUGGAAAUCUUACUAUGUCGCUUUGGUUGCCAUAACCACGCUGAAAUACAUUGAUCCAUUCAGAAAUGGCAGGGUUAUUCUCUUCAAUGUAACAUAUGACAGAGAUUGGAAAGUACAAGAGAUUCCGAUUUUUAUUGCUUUAGGAAUCUUUGGGGGUCUAUACGGGAAAUAUAUCAGUAAGUGGAAUAUUAAUUUUGUUCAUUUUCGGAAAAUGUAUUUGUCUUCCUUCCCAGUUCAAGAAGUGCUUUUUUUGGCGACACUCACUGCUUUGAUUUCUUAUUUCAAUGAAUUCUUAAAAUUAGACAUGACAGAAAGUAUGGGAAUAUUGUUCCAUGAGUGUGUCAAAAAUGACAACACGUCCACCUUUAGUCAUAGGCUAUGCCAGUUGGAUGAAAAUACGCAUGCUUUUGAGUUCUUGAAAAUUUUUACUUCUCUGUGCUUUGCGACUGUCAUCAGGGCUUUGUUGGUCGUUGUAUCAUAUGGUGCUAGAGUUCCAGCGGGAAUAUUUGUUCCUUCAAUGGCAGUUGGUGCUACAUUUGGACGUGCAGUAAGUUUACUGGUGGAAAGAUUUGUUAGCGGCCCAGCUGUUAUUACCCCAGGCGCAUAUGCAUUUUUAGGAGCAGCCGCUACCUUGAGUGGUAUAACCAACUUAACUUUAACUGUCGUGGUAAUAAUGUUUGAGCUUACUGGUGCCUUCAUGUAUAUUAUACCCGUUAUGAUCGUAGUAGCAAUAACAAGGAUAAUUUUAAGCACUUCUGGUAUUUCUGGUGGUAUUGCAGAUCAAAUGAUUAUGGUUAACGGCUUUCCAUAUUUGGAAGACGAGCAGGAAGAAGACACUUUGGAAGAGUAUACUGCAGAGCAGGCUAUGUCUUCUAAGUUAAUUACAAUAAAUGAAACCAUUUACCUUUCCGAAUUGGAAUCUUUAUUAUACGAUUCAACGUCAGAAUUUUCUGUGCAUGGUUUUCCAAUAAUUAAAGAUGAGGAUAAGUUUGAAAAGGAAAAAAGAUGUAUUGGCUACGUUCUAAAAAGGCACUUAGCCAGUAAGAUAAUGAUGCAAAGUGUAAAUAGUACCAAAGCUCAAACGACGCUGGUAUACUUCAAUAAAACCAAUGACGACUUGGAUCAUCGUGAAAACUGCAUUGGAUUUAAAGAUAUUAUGAACGCUUCGCCCAUUACUGUGAAGCCGGGGGUGCCAAUGACAUUAUUGUUUCGUAUGUUCAAAGAACUAGGUUGUAAGACCAUUAUCGUCGAGGAAGGUGGGAUUUUAAAGGGUUUGAUCACAGCCAAGGAUAUUUUGAAGUUCAAAAGAAUAAAAUAUCGAGAAGUUCAUGGUGCAAAAUUCACAUAUAACGAAACACUUGAUAGAAGAUGCUGGUCAGUUAUCCAUUUCAUAAUCAAAAGACUCUCUCCUAAUCGAAAUGAAAACAUUAUUUAA